AUGUCGCCUGUCGCCUCGCCACGUCGCCACCUGCCCUCCUCCCUGCGCACCUCGCUCACCUCCGCUUCCCUUCGCACGCUCGGCGCCGCCACUCCGCGGGCACUGUCCUACCGCGAGCGCCUCUCCGUGUGCCUGGCCAAGGACAUAAACUGGCAGGACCUGGAGGCCUCCAUCCUCGCCGGCAGCACCGAAGAGCUCACGCUCCUCAAGUCCAGCCUCUCGCUCAGCGGCGAGGCCGGCACCACCUCCUGCUCGCCCAGGCCCUCGCACCGAGGCGCUAGUGGCCUCUCCCCGCCCUCCAGCGUGCGCAAGUCGUCCCUCUGCCCGCGCGGCGGCGAGGGCAACACCCACUCGAGGAACCACUCAUUCGGCGGCAUGGAGGAGGCGGGCUGCGACGACUUUGAGGCCGCGCUGAAGAGUGCCGCCACGAGGCUGGCGCCCUCGCGGUGGGAGGAGCUGUUCCAGAUGCACCAGGCCGAGCGCGAGCAGCAGGAGCGGGAGCGGCGCGAGAGCUGGCGGCUCAGCGAACAGUCGAUGUUCAGGUCGCGCACCCUCUUCUCUGAGGCUGUGCAGGCCUUCGAGAAGACGCCCGAGGUCUCCCCCACGCGCAGCGUCUCCCUGCAGCUCUCAGAACCCGCGCACGCUAUGCCGCAUCGCGGCACGGUCUCGGAGAAGCGGGCCUGGCUGCUCGAGCAGGGCCUGCUGCCGGUGGCCGGUCUCGCACCAUCUCCCGCCAGCUGCGGCCCCACCACCACCUCCGCCGGUGGACGGAACAGGUCGGGCUCCUUCCAAGGAGACCGAAGCAGCGCUGGCAAGAAGCGGCCACAAUCGGUGCAACUGCCCGGCAGCGCUGCGGACAACGGUAUCCCGAAGCGAGGCGUCUUCAACACACCCUACGGCACCAUCGUUCUUCCCGACAGUGAGCCGGCCGAAGCGGACAAGCCGAAGGGGAAGGAGCUGAAGAAGCUCAUGAAAGAGCAGGCCAAGCUGAGAGCGCAGCAGGAGAAGGAGGCGCAGAAGGAAGCCAAGCGCAAGAAGCAGGAGGAGAAAAAGAAGGCGAAAGAGUUCAAGAAGCAACAGGCCAAGGCGCAGGCUCACAGCAAGGGCCGCACCACUACGCUCAUCAGUUUCCACAAUCCGCCACGGUUGGUGAACCUCGCCUCAUUUGCACCACCGCCAGAACAGGACCGGCAGGUCUUGGACAAGGUGGCAACAGUCGAAGAACUCGACCCUCGGGUGUGGAAGUUCGAAGAGCCGGACACGGAGGACACGGUGACGCUGGGCGGGACGGAUGCCGAUGGGGUACAACUCGUCAGCGGCGCCUCCCUCUACAAGAUCAUCCAACGCAUCACCUUCGCCCAGUACCCUGAUCCCAGUUUUGUAACCACCUUUUUGUUGACCUAUCGGCUCUUCCUCUCGCCCCUCGAGGUGCUCGAUCUGCUCAUCCUGCGAUUCGACACGCCACCGCCGCCCGAGAGCGACGAAGCCGCCUUCCUCAAAACCACACAACUUCACAUCCGCCUCCGGGUCAUCAAUGUGCUGAAGCAGUGGCUGACGCACUACUUCCACGACUUUCGGAGUGAGCCGGCCCUGUUGGACAGGCUGGGCCGCUUCAUCGACGACGUGCUGAACCCCGAGGCCCUUGUGACGGCCAGCGAGCAGCUCAAGCUCCUGAUCGAAAAGAAGCAGAGCGAGAACGCAGACAAGACUCAAGAGAAGGCGUUCCAGUUCAGCACACUACCGCCAACGCCCAUCCUCCCAGUCAAGCUCAAGCGACCACUCAAGCUGCUCGACCUUCAUCCGUUGGAGGUGGCGCGCCAGCUCACGCUCAUCGAGCACAACCUCUACCGAACGAUCACGCCCUGCGAGUGCCUCAGACAGCGGUGGACCAGCAAGGACAAGGCCACACUCGCGCCCAACAUCAUCGCCCUGAUCGACCGCUUCAACAAGGUGAGCCGGUGGUGCUGUUCCGAGAUCGUGCGAGAAAAGGACCUCAAGAGCCGAGCAGUCAUACUCAACCGAUUCAUCCUCAUCGCUUCUCAAUGUCGAGAGCUGAACAACUUCAACGGAGUGAUGGAGAUCAUGGCCGGCCUCCAGAAUGCAGCCGCCUACCGGCUCAAGAAGACCUGGAAUUUGCUGCCCAACAAAACGUGGGACAUCUGGGAGGAGUUGACGCACCUGAUGAGCUCGGAGGACAACUUCCGGGUGUUCCGCGAGGCCCUGCACAAGAUCAACCCGCCCUGCAUUCCUUACCUCGGCGUCUUUCUCACGGACCUCACGUUCAUUGAGGACGGCAACCCCGACUUCCUUCGACCGGACUUGAUCAACAUCACAAAGCUUCGGUACGGAGCGAGGGUCAUUCAGGACAUCAAGCAGUACCAGCAGACGCCGUACUGCCUCGAGCCGGUGCCCUUCAUCCACGAUUGGUUGAUGUCGAGAGAACUGUACAACGAGAAGGACCUCUACGAUCACUCCCUCCUCUGCGAAGAGCGCACGCGAAAGAAAUGA